CAGAGCUGUGUCAGUGUUCGCCAUGUGGCUACGCAUCGUCUUUCUCCUGCUGGCCUUCUCCUUCUCUGCUCCCGUCUCAGUGUUCCUGGGGCAACACCAGGCCCACAGCCUCCUCAGCAGGAUCAAGCGGGCCAAUUCCGGCUGGUUCGAGGAGCUUAUGAAGGGGAACCUGGAGAGGGAGUGUCUGGAGGAACAGUGCUCGUAUGAAGAGGCGCGGGAGGUGUUUGAGCAUGACCAGGUCACGGCAGAGUUCUGGAAACUCUACAACGUUCAAGACAACUGUCUUUCCAACCCGUGUCAGAACAAUGGAACCUGUUCUAACCAAUCAGGAUCCUACACCUGCUUCUGUCCCUCAGGUUUCAGCGGCCGGAACUGUGAACUAGAGUUCAAGGCUGUUCCUGACAACUGCCUCCAUGACAAUGGGGGGUGUGAACACUUCUGUGAGGAGUCAGCGGGGCCUCGCACCUGCUCUUGUGCGGAUGGCUACAGCCUGGACACAGAUGGACAGCACUGCCUGUCUCAAGAGGUGUACCCCUGUGGGAAGGUCCCAGUGCUACAGGCGAGCCUUGCUGACAAGAUGGACGCCCCGCAUGACCCUCGGGCUAGGAUCGUUGGGGGAACUGAAUGCCCGAAAGAUCACUGUCCUUGGCAGGUGCUACUGAUGUAUGGGGAUAAGGGUUUUUGUGGGGGCGUGAUCUACAAACCCACCUGGAUUAUUACUGCCUCUCACUGCCUGGAGAAUUUAGAUGUCAAGCACCUGAAGGUGGUUGCAGGCGAGCACAACCUUGACGUAAAAGAGGGGACGGAGCAGACCAUCCAGGUGGCGGAGAUAGUGAUGCACAAGGACUAUGUGGUGAAGACGUCAGACAACGACAUCGCCCUGCUGCGGCUGAAGGAGCCCAUCACGUACACGCCGCACGCCGUGCCCAUUUGCCUGCCGCAGCGGGAGAUGGCGGAGCGGGAGCUGUGGGCCGUCCGGCUCCACACCGUCAGCGGCUGGGGCCGGCGCAGCGAGGGUGGCCCCACCUCCCGCCUUCUGCGCAGACUGGAUGUCCCGCGCAUCCGCACACAGGACUGCGUGGAGUACAGCGGCGUCAGCAUCACCACAAACAUGUUCUGCGCCGGCUACAUCGAGGGCAAGCAGGACUCCUGCAAGGGCGACAGCGGGGGCCCUCUGGUGACCAAGUACAGGAACACCUCGUUCUUAUUGGGCAUUGUCAGCUGGGGGAAGGGCUGUGCACGACCAGGGAAUUAUGGGAUAUAUACACGAGUGUCCCUCUACCUGGAGUGGAUCCACAAACACACAGCUGGACAAGCAACCAAUGGCACUAGGAUCUAAAAUAUAUCCAUUCUACACAGUAUUACACCAGUAAAUGGCCUGGUACACAUUGCUGUGCUCUGCUGAAAUUGUUAAAUAAUUUUAUUUAUAUAUCUGACACUUGAAUGCUUGGAAUGACUUCAUGUGUGAUGUGACUCUGGUCUCUCAAAGACAUGCAGUUUCCUCUGUUAUAAAAAAGAAUAAUAUACAAGUAAUUACUUUUCUUACUACCUAAAAUAUCUUCUGUUGAUAGAAUUCUUUGAUGUUGAUACUUGAAACAAUUGUCAAUGUGUCAAAAGAAAGAAAAUACAAACAUUAGUACCCUCGCCCUUGGUUGAUCCAGUGUGGAUAGCAGUAAUUGAUCACAUUGAGAUUCUGAUGCUAUCUGUUAGUUGUAGCAAUGCAAACUGCUACCUUGUUCAACCUGAAAAGCAUUACAAGUAAUACUACAAAUGUGAAUUUUAUAUUAAUGCCACACUAUUCCAUCAAGGGGUAUUGUCUUUAACUAGGCCAAUGAGAUUUUAGCACAUCUGGAUAGCUUGGAACUGAAACAAGCAGUGAAUUGUACUGCUGUAAAAGUAUUUCUACUGUGUAAAUCUCCCUGCUUUGUUAAACAAUCCCAUGAUAAGGCAGUAAUUUUACUGACGAACACUGAUGUAGUCACUGCACCCUCUUUUACUACUAGGAAAACCAAAAAAGAUCUCUCCUACUGCACAGUUGCAUCACUAUAUGUUCCAUUAUACACAUUUGCCCAUCAUUCAUUUCACCUCAGUGUGUAUAUGCAUGCCUGUAUAUCUGCUUGGCUUGUGUUUUCAUUUCAAUUCAUUUGCAUAACAAUUUCAAAAAGUAUGCCACAAAAAGGCAUAUCUGGAAGUAUGCUUUCAGAAUACAAAAGAAAGCCAAGUUACAUGGACAAAUAAUAUAUUCUCCAUAUGUCAGUAUGUAUAAAUUCAAAAAAAUAGCUCUGCCACUCAAAGUGUUUAUAACGAUAUUACGCUAACAAAAUUUUUCACAGUAUCUCACACACCAAAGAAAGUGUAUUUAUUAUGGAUCUAAGGGUUCCAACUAUAUAAUAGUUAAAGAUAUUAAAUGUAGUGAGAUUUACAUGUAGCUGGCUUCUAACGGCAUCUACAAGGAGCCUGUGAGAAGCAGGUGCAAGUUAGAUACUUACUAGCUGAUAUGUUUCUUGGAUCAUUGCAUAGAAAAACUGUUAGAAUACAAUUUUUUCUUAGUCAUAUAUUAUUGCUCCCUUUGCGAUCUAGCAAACCAUAAAGAAGUGACACCUCUGUGGCAUCAUGAGAAUACUAUCCAUAGUGCUUGAGACAAUUAAUUCAGCAACUAUUAGCUAAACUAAAUGCAUUCUGCACCUCUAUUAGCGGGGAGAAAAAUUUAUUAAAAUGUGCUUGAGAAAGCAAAAAAAUAUGCUAGAGAAAAAGGUUCACUUUA